GCAGCCCGUCCUCCGGCUCCGGGCGGGCCAUGGGGCGGGGGGGGCCGGCAGCUCCGCAGCGCCCGCGGGCACCGGGACCGCACCGCGAAGCCGCAGCCACCGAGGAGACCCCGAGGGCGGGAGGAAGCGCCGGACCCCGAGGAAGGACGAGGGAAAGCCCCCCCGGGCGCGCUGCCGCUGCCCGUUAACCAUGGACUCGCAGUCCUUGGAUGCAGCGGUGCAAAGCGCCCUCCGCUCCCUCUAUCCGCCCUUCGAAGCCACGGCCCCGACUGUGCUGGGCCAGGUGUUCCGCCUGCUGGAGAGCAGCUACCAGGGUGAUGGGCUCUGCUGCCUGCUGGAUUUCCUCAUCCCUGCCAAGCGCCUCUUCGAGCACGUGCGGCGGGCGGCCUGUGCUCCCUACUCCAACUGCAUCUUCCUGCACGAGGGCUGGCCCUUGUGUCUGCACGAGAAGGUGGUGGUGCACCUGGCACCUCUCAACCCACUGCUGCUGCGUGCCGGGGACUUCUACCUGCAGGCAGAGCCCUGCCAGGAGCACACAGCACGCAUCGCCCUCAAGCACCUCUCACCAGACCUGGACAGCGUGCAGGAGACGCCCAUCCCCGAGGCUGCUUACGCGCUGCUCUUCACCAACGAGUGGCUGGAGGAGAUUAAUUGCAACCAUGCUGGGUCCCCCCUGCACACCUGCCUGGUGGCCACUGAGAAUGGCAUCACCCCGCUGCCGUGGAGCAAGAUUGCCUCACCAGAGUUUGUCGACAAGCCCAAGGCUGGACCCAGUGGCACACCUGUGGGUGCACCAGGAGGCCCCAGUCCGGAGCCAGCAGCACCAACUGAGCCAGUGGCAUCGAUCACACCCACACCCCAUGGCACAGCACAGAGCUCAGUGCCCCACAGCAACAUCGCCGGCGUCGUCCCAGGCUGCAGAGACAGCCGGAAGCCAAACCAGGGAAGGUACCCGGGGUUGAUCAAGGUGGAGCAAGCAGGGUUGAGGCAGAACCCGACCACUCUGGCCAUUCCCAGCCUGCAGGAUAUCAUCAGCCAGAACCUGGAGGGGGAGUACGUGGAGCUGCUGCAGCUCACCCAGCAGGACCUGGGCCUCCUGGCCACAUCCCGCUCUGCAGCGGCACAGCCCUGGACAGGCUCCUGGCCCUGUGGGGGAGUGCUGAGCUCCCAGGAGGGUCCCUGCACCCCGUGCCAGAGAAGGAGGCUGAGCGGGGAGCCUGGGCCGCACGGCUCGCGCUGCCGGCACCGCGACUCCUACCUGGCCGCCCUUCAGAACCCAGUGAGCUUUGGCCCCGCGCUGAUGGCAGCCAUCCUGGAGGAGCCCGACAGCUCUGCACCCCUAGCUGAGCCCCUUGAGCCAUGUGGGAGCAGGGCCAGCGCCCCCUGCCCCCGCAGGGCUCGUGCCAGGGGCUCAGGAAGGCAGGCGGUGGGGCAGCGCAGCCCCCAUGUGCCCUCAGCCCCCACUCGCUCAGAGGCAGCAGGCUCCGGCCACAAGUUCUCCUUCCUGAAGGGCCCUCGGCUCGGGGACAGCGCAGGCAGCCAGCAUGAGGGUGGCUGGAGGAAGGUGUCUGCCAUUUACUCACCCAGGAUGGGCAGAGCCAAGCCGGCCGGGAAAGGUGCAGAUGUGGCAGCUGCAGCCCCUGCAGAGGAACGGUCCUUGCAGAGCACCAUCAGACAGAACGGCCCCUCCGUGCUCUGGCAGGAGCUGCACACCGGGCUGCUGCACUCAGGCAUCGUCUGCCUGCCAGGCGGCACCGACAAGCUGGGCAGGGCUCUCCUGCAAGUGACCACCAGCAGCAGCGCCUGGGGGGCCACGUGGUGCUCAGCUGCCGAGCUGGCAAGGCUGCUCCUCUGCCUCUGCUCCCUCCCAAGGAAGGAUGUGAAGGACAGCGGGCUGACAGCCGUGGUGGAUGCCAGGAAGCAGCCUCCCUCUCCCACCCUGUACUCCGCUCUCCGCUCCAUCCAGAACAUCUCACCGGGUUGCAUCCACACCGUGCUGCUGCUGGCUGAGAAGGAGCCAUCUGCUCCCCGUGAGAAGCUGCCUGGGCUGCAGGUGGAGAUGCUGACAUCACUGAAGGCUCUGGGCCGCUUCGUCGACAGCUCCCAGGUGACGGCGGAGCUGGAGGGCAGCUUCCCCUACUGCCACGGCGAGUGGGUGCAAUUCUUCCAGAGGCUGCAGCCCUUCACCGCCAGCCUCGGGCGGGCAUUGGAGCUGCUGCAGAGCUGCAUCCAGGAGCUUCAGAGCACUGAUGGUGCGGCGGGGAUGCAGGAUGCGGCCGCAGGCAUCGAGAGGCACCAGGAGCUGAUGCGCAGGGUGCUGAGCGACCCGCAGCUGCUGUGCCUGCAGCACGAGGGGGGCGCCGUGCUGGCCCGGCUGCGCAGGGAUGCUGCCCGGCUCCGAGCCUCACCCCACGUCAGGGCUGGCAUGGACGCGGCCGAGGCGCGGUACGCACAGCUGGAGGAGGAGCUGCACCUCCUGGUCUCGCUGUCCAACAGCCGCCUGGAGCGGCUCAGCGCCCUGCGGAAGGUGCGGGAGCUGGAGGGCGAGCUGGAUGAGGUCAGGCAAUGGCUGGAUGGAGAGGGAGCAGCGCGGCUGCGUGAGAUGGGAGCUGAGGAGUGCAGCUCUGACAGCUGUGAGAGGUCCACAGAGCGCUGGAGUGAGUUCCUGCUGCAGGCAGCGGCCCGGCACCGGCACGGCCUGGCUCUGUGUGAGCAGGCAGACAAGCUGCAGGAUUCUGUGUCCCCCGAGGCUGAGCCCUUGCAGGCUGCCGUGGCCCUGAUCCGAACGAAGCUGAUGAGCUUCCAGCAGCGCAUGGAGCGGCGGCAGGCAGAGCUGGAGAUGCUACACGAGCUGCGUCAGUUCUCCAGCAAGAUCACUUGCCUGAACGCGGGCUGCAGGCAGUGCUCGGCGAAGGCGAAGCACGGCGGGGUCCCCGCGGGGCGGCCCGAGGCUCUGCAGCGCCUGGAGAGCUCGUUCCAGAGGCUGUCGGUGGAGUUCUCCACGGAGAAGCUGCAGGAGAUGCGGGCGCAGCUGCGCCGGAUGCAGAGCAGCAGCGGGACGGGGGCCUGGACGGCAGCGUGGCACAAAUACCAGGAGACGCGGCAGAGCCUGGAGGCGAUGCUGGCCGAGCUGUGGGAGGGGUCGGCAGCCACCGCUCCGGGCCGUGGGGCCGUGCAGGCUUCGGGGCAGCCCUCAGCCGGCAGCUCUUGCGGCCGUGCCGCGGGCACGGAGCGGCGCGAUGCCGCCCGCUCACCUCCAAGCUCCCCACGGCCGCGCUGCAGCUCCCUCCCGACAUGCGGCAGUGGAACCCCGCCGCGCACCGGCAGGAGCCCAUCCCAGCUCCGCAGCCCGCCCUGCUGCGUGUCCCCCUCCCCACCGCGUGCCCCCCUCUGCGGUCAGCCCCCAGCACACGGCUCAGCACGUCCUCGAGGCGAUGCAGCGCAGUACUUCCAGGUCUCCAGCCAUAGCAGCUUCUCCUCUGAGGACUCAGACACGCAGAACUCUGCCGAAGAAUCCCCAGCGACGAUCUCAGCUGUGCCUCAGGACUUGGGGCCUCCUGGUAGCCCCCAAAAGCCCUCCCCAAUUGUGUAUCUGGAGAACCACCGUGCCACAGGGCUGGGCAGGGCAGACGCCAAGUGAAGGUGACCCCCAGUCCUGGGGACGCAUGGGGACGAGCCCUGCUCAGGGGUAAAAUGUGGGCACUACUGCUCAGAGCCCAUUGGUUUUUCAGUCUUUCAGCAUUUAACACUCCAUGAAGUAGCCAUAACCCCACUUAAUGGCCCUCACCGGGUUAAUUGUUAAUCUGCCAGGCGAGGCGAUCCUCCUGCAAAGUGCAUUUAUCAGCACCAGGGCUGGCAUGCCCAUGUCCCAUGAUGGGCUGAGGGAUGCAGAGCCCCAUCCAUGCCCCUGCAACCACGGUGCCAUCCUGGUGACGGUGACAAUGGGUGCUUUUUUUUUUGGAUGCACUCAUUAAUGUGCCACUAAUUACAUUAAUGCCAAUAAAGCUCCUGGAGCAGUGGUCGUGGAGCACAGUGGGGAACUGCGUCCUGCUGGCUUCUGGGGGCCGGUGCUGCCAGGAGCCCCACUGCACACUGUAGAUGCCACAGCCACGGUGCCGACCCUCCCAGCAGCUCGUGGUCGGACUCACCACCAAAAAGCCCUACAGCAGCUCACGGGAGCCCUCUCCCUGUUGUUAGGGUUGGGAGAAGCAGCUCUGUCUGCAGUGCUCCCUCUGUCCCACUUGCUCCCUGCAGGUCUAUAGCUGAUCCCUCCCAUCACCGUCCAAUCCUUGGGACUUGGCUCUGCCUGCUCCAUCCCACAGCCCUGCAUGGGACACACAUGGUGCAGGAGAGCAGGCGGGGCUGGGAUGGGGUGACCAUGAGCUAGCCAAGGGAACUCUUGCAAAAUGCAAUAUCUCACAUAGAGUUUGGUCCAGAAAAACACAGCCCUACUCCCAGCUGUCAUAUGGGCACGGCUCGCUGUCCCACACGGCGCAGCUCCCCAGCAUAAAGGGCACAUGGUGCCCAUCCCAGAGUUUGUAAGCAUCAGUCAUACCCCCCUCCAGCCUUGUUUGUGCCAAAUGCACCAAAGUGGGCUGGUCCCCAUGGGUAGGUGCUGGCGGCACAGCGAUCGCUCCCAUGGCAUCUCUUCGAUCUGCUGACCCCACUCCUCCCCACUCAUUUCCCUGGUAACACUCCUGCCAGUGCCUCCUGCAAUCCUGAUAGCUGAGGUCUGUCUCAUUCCUUUUGGCUUGAAAGGAAUUACCCCAUAGAGGUGUGGGUGGCCCUGUGUGACCCAUUGGGAUGAGCCCAGCUGGUUUGCUCCAUUUUCCAACUAUCCCCACAGUACAAGUUCCUCUGAGGUCCAUCCAUGCUGGAGUUGCUCUUCAUCUCUUUCGCAGCACCGCCGCAGUCCCAGUGCUGCUGGAAGACAAAAACACUCAUUGACACCUUUGUCAUCUUUAGGAUGGAUUGUUCCAAUUAAUUCUGGGUGCCUCUCAGCCCGCUGUGAAAGGGUGGCUGCAGCCAAACCGGGUGGCAGCAGAGUCGGUGCCAUCAUAUAAUCCAGGAGACAAAAUCCCCCCAGCAGCCCCGAGUCAAACCCCAUAAUGGCUGCAGGCUGCUCUGCUGGCAUACAGCAACAACACUGCAGGGCUCUGAGAGGAGCUCCGUGCUGAGAUGUUUCCCCUUCCUCAUGUAACCAUGAGCUCAGCACUGGGGUCUGCUGUCCCACCGCCCAGCCCAGCCUGGCCCACAUGCUGUGGGUUUUCCACGUUGGUUUGGAAGUCAGAGAAGAGCAGCGUUUCCCAUGGAGAAAGAGAAUC